GAUCAUUAAACUGCAAGAUCUGGUUUUUCCCUCUCACUAAGGUCACACACAAUUUCUCAUCUUUUUGUACAGAUAUAGAGAAGAAAAUGCUGUGAAGAGAAUAAGAAGAAGAAGCUCUCUGAGAUCUGAAAACUCCAUUUACAGAGGAGUAUAUUUGUCUUCAGAAGAGGACAAAUUGAGGAAUUAUACAUAGAUGGGGAAGAAAUCAAACUGGUUUUCUUCGGUAAAAAAAGCUCUAAGCCCAGAAUCUAAGGACAAGAAAGGCCAGAAAGAAAAUAAAACAAAGAAGAAAUGGUUUGGGAAGGAAAAAUCUGCAGUUCCUGAUUCGUUGCAUUUAGAAACUGUCUCGGCCUCUCAUCCUCUACCUCCGUCUGAAGAGGUGAAAUUGGUUGAAGUGGAGCAUGAACAAAACCAAGGUGCUUAUACUGAUGCAGCUGAGGCUGCUGUUGCGGCUGCUCAGGUUGUUCGACUCACUGCAGUGACUCAGUUGACGGACGAAUCAAAGGAGGAAGUGUCAGCAAUCAGAAUUCAAGCAGCAUUCCGUGGAUACCUGGCAAGGAGAGCGUUGCGGGCUUUAAGAGGGCUUGUCAGGUUGAAAUCACUGGUACAAGGGCCAACUGUCAAGCGCCAAACUGCAAACGCUCUACGAUGGAUGCAAACCCUAGCCCACGUGCAGUCUCAGGUCCAGUCUAGGAGGAUCAGGAUGUCAGAGGAGAAUCAGGUGCUCCAGAAACAGCUCCUACAGAAACGAGCAAAAGAACUUGAGAGCUUGCAGAUGGGGGAGGAAUGGGAUGACAGUCUACAAUCAAAAGAAAAAAUUGAAGCAAACCUUCUGAGCAAGUAUGAGGCGACAAUGAGAAGAGAAAGAGCACUGGCUUAUUCAUUCUCUCAUCAGCAAAACGGGAAGAAAUCUACAAGAUCAGCAAACUUAUUGUUCAUGGACCCAAAUAAUCCACAAUGGGGUUGGAGCUGGUUAGAAAGAUGGAUGGCAGCUCGAUCAUGGGAGACCCGUGUUUUGACUGAGAAAGAACUCAACAAUGAUCACUCAUCCGUGAAGAGUGCCGCCCUCAGCAUCACUGGAGGAGAAAUCAUCAAGGCUUAUGCUCAUCAUCAGCUCAAUUAUGAUAAGCCUUCCCCAACAGUCAGCCAGAAACCAAGUCAUCCAUCCCCUUUCACUCCCCCAUCCAAGAAAUCUUCAACAGUAGCCAGAAAAUUGAAGCCAGCAAGCUCGGGAGGGAGUGUGUUGGGUCCAGAUGAUGAUACAAAGAGCGUGUUCAGUGUGCAGUCAGAGAGGAAUAGAAGACAUAGCAUUGCUGGAUCAUCGGUGAGAGAUGAUGAGAGUCUGGCGAGCUCUCCUGCAGUUCCAAGUUACAUGGUAUCCACAGAGUCAGCAAAGGCCAAGACGCGAAUGCAAAGCCCAUUGGGGGUGGAGAAUGGGACACCGGAAAAGGGAUUGGCCGGAUCCACAAAGAAGCGGCUUUCUUUCCCGUCUUCACCAGCUAAGCCAAGGCGGCACUCAGGUCCACCAAAGGUGGACAUCAGCUCUGUUGUGGAGCACAACGCAAGGAAUGGAGGGGCCAUUUAAUUAUUUAUGAUCAACGGAGAAGCAGAGAAAAUAAGCUAAUUGAGUCUAAAGUGAUUAACAAAGAGAUGAAUAAAAGCAAAAGGGUGUCUUUGAUUUGUGAAUCUACUUCCACUUCUGUUAACAAAUGUUGUUCUAUUUAUUGUCUUCAGGUGUUGGUUUGGAGUUGAAAUCAGUAUCUUGAGUGAGUCUUGUUAUGAGAAUUGCUUCUUAGUCCUCACUCUCUUGUCAUUAUUACAAUUGUGAGGACGGUUAUUUUUUAUUAUUAGUAUUAUUUUUUUAUUUCUUUUAGAAAGAACCAGCUUCCGGGUUCUAAUUAUUUUUCUCCAAAAGAAUGAAUGUAAUUCUGUUACACUGAUGCAAUUACAUGUAUCAUUUAUUACUAUUAUUUUUCUCCC